UCCAUCCCGACCACAGUGUGUGUGUCAGCAGACGGUGAGAGAGACGAAGGCAGGCAGGCAGGCAGCUCCCUUUUGCCUUAUCUAAACACAUACAUUCCUCAUUAUGGCGGCCACGGAUGUAGACAUAUUUUCUAAUGAAGAAAAGCGUAACCUCAGCCUUGGUGGUCAUGUCGGCUUUGACAGUCUGCCCGAUCAGCUGGUCAGUAAAUCGGUGACUCAGGGUUUCUGCUUCAACAUCCUCUGUGUGGGUGAGACGGGCAUCGGCAAGUCGACAUUAAUGAACACCCUUUUUAACACCAUGUUUGAAAAUGAGGAGGCCAGCCAUUACCAAAACGGUGUUUACCUGCGGCCCAGAACAUACGACUUGCAAGAGAGCAACGUCCACCUAAAACUGACUAUCGUCGACACGGUGGGCUUUGGGGACCAGAUCAACAAAGAAGAAAGCCUCAUGUAUCCAUAUCAACACACUAUGCAUUCAGUUGAAACGGUGGGAUUCAGUGAGAAAGGACAUUUUAUUGUUACGGCCCAUCUUCCCUUUGCUGUGGUGGGCAGUGUGGAGGAGGUGAAGGUGGGGAAUAAGACGGUGAGGGCCAGGCAGUAUCCGUGGGGAGUCGUUCAAGUGGAGAAUGAGAGUCACUGUGAUUUCGUAAAGCUGCGGGAGAUGUUGAUCAGAGUGAACAUGGAGGACCUGCGAGAACAGACUCACGCCAGGCACUACGAACUCUACAGGCGCUGUAAACUAGAGGAGAUGGGCUUCAAAGACACCGACCCAGACAGCCAGCCUUUCAGUCUACAGGAGACAUAUGAAGCCAAAAGGAAGGAGUUUCUUGGAGACCUGCAAAGGAAGGAAGAGGGGAUGCGGCAGAUGUUUGUGAACAAAGUGAAGGAGACCGAGGCCGAGCUGAAGGAGAAGGAGAGAGAGUUACAUGAGAAGUUCGAGCAGCUGAAGCGCAUGCACCAGGAGGAGAAGAGGAAGGUGGAGGAGAAGAGACGGGAGCUGGAGGAGGAGAUGAACGCCUUCAACAGGAGGAAGGUGGCCGCCGAGACCCUCUCGCUCUCACAGCCCCUCAAGAAGGACAAAGACAAGAAAAACAGGUCGGUAAAAACAGAGAACCAAUCAGGCGUCAGCCUCUCCAGCUCCAAAGUGAUGAUGGCCAAAGCCAAUAUGGAGCCCUUGAACUGCCAGAGCUGGUGGCAGGCCAUACAGUGCUGCAGCUGCCUGGUCCACAGCGACGCCUGGAGGCAGGGUCUCUUCUGAGAGAUGGACCGCAUCAGCUGAGGACGCCUGGACAUCAGCAGGCCGUGGAACUGAAGGAAAACAACAAACCGCUUAACCAACAGAGCCACCGAA